GUGUUGGCUUAGGAAUUUUUUGUAUUCCAUCUUUCUUUCUUUCCUUUUUCUUUUUUUUUUUUAUUUGGAAGGAUUAGGAGUAGGAGAAGAAAAGGAGAGGAGACAUUUGCAUUGAGACAGGAUUUCUGUUAUUAUUAUUAUUAUUUUCAGAAGAGUACGGAAGCUCGUGAAGGAGAGAUGUUGCAGGACGUGAUCCAUCCCUCCUCGGAGCCACUCUCCAUUGAGAGCCCCAUCGCGGCACAGAUCCUGGACUUCUACGACGACGACGGCAGCGAUCUCUUCCCCCACUACGAUACCCAACUACUCCGCUCCUCCGACGACGUCUCCACCUCCUAUGCCGCCCCCUCCGUCUCCGUCUCAGCCACCACUGCACCUCUCUGCUGCUCCAACGAAGCCUCUUUUAGCCCCUCCGCCGCCAACGUCUGCUCCCCCUUCCUCUCCAUCGACGCCGCCACCCUCUCCGCCCUCCUCGACGCCCCGCGGCCGCCGCUCCCCGGGGUCGAUCACCCGUCCCCGACCAACCCCUCCUCGAUGUUCCCGGUCCCACCGCAGUCCGUCGGGGACCAGCACCAGCACCAGAUGAUGGACCCCUUCGCCCCGAUCGGGCUAACGGAUCCGAUCCCGGUUGGCGGGUACGGCGCCUACUCGCCCGAGUCCGUGGCGCCGAUCCACAUAGGGGGCCCAUCGGCGCAGCAGCAGGCGUUGGCGUACGAGGAGGAGUGCCUGGCGGCGAUGGCGGGCGGGCUCGUGGGGUUGGAGGCGGCGGUGCAGCCGCCGUCGUUCGCGUUUCCGGAUGGGGGUGGCAUCGGGGCGUUGUACCAUCAGGGGCGGAUGGUCGGAGGAGAAGGGCCGCAGGGCUUCUUUAAUGCGGGGAUGAUGAUGGUGGGACCCAGGGGGCAGGUGGCGGAAUACCAGCCAUUGGUUGAGGGGGCGGGAAACGUGGGGAUCUACGGCCCGGAGCGGGUCUACGGCUCCGGCGACCUGCAGCAGGUGAUUGGAGGAAAUCAGCAUCUGAUGGGUGGGUGCAGCGGAGGGCCAACACCAUUACCAGCAUCAGACAUCUCAGCAUUAGAUGAGUCCACCUUCAAAGUUGGUCGCCUCUCUGCGGAAGAGAGGAAGGAGAAGAUCCAUAGAUACAUGAAGAAGAGGAAUGAACGAAACUUCAGCAAAAAGAUCAAGUAUGCCUGCAGGAAAACUCUAGCAGACAGCCGGCCUCGUGUCCGAGGGCGAUUUGCAAAGAACGAUGAGUUUGGAGAGGCAACAAGACCCACCUCAAGCCACCAUGAAUUUGAUGAGGAGGAGGAAGUGGUGGCGAAGGAAGAAGAAGAUAUACAUGAUUCCUCAGAUAUACUUGCCCACAUCAGUGGCGUGAAUUCCUUCAAAUACAACUACACACUGGAGUCCUGGAUAUGAGUCAUAUGACUGCUAUGUGUGGCCAUUCACCAGCGGAAACAGGAAGAGAUUUCCUUCCCAUUCUCUUGUUAUCUUGUUUCAACGUCGAAGACCCGUAUCUGGGCAUUCGAUACAUACUUCACACUAAAAAAUAAAGCUGGAAUCUUUAUGUCCUAAAGAAAGCUAUAACAACAGUCAGAAUGACCGAAGUUAUAGAGAAAAAAGUCCAGUAUAUGAAAUGUUAGCUUACAUUGUAUACUAUCAUGCACAUAUGUAAAUGUUACCUUGAUAAAUGACUUAAUUGUAAGCAAUGAAGUUGACCUCUUUGGUCACUCUUAUGCA